UAUGCAAACAACAUUAAAGGUCAGAGGAGUGAUAUUAGGCGCAGAGCUUUGUUUUUGUGAUAAUGAAGUGUGCUGAAACUAUUAUGCACACUGAAUAUUCUCUUCUUGCUUACAUCUGUUUCUCUCUCUCUUUCUGUCUGUGUUUCAGGUGUGAAGUUCAGAGGGACCACUCAGUCCAGACAGGAGCAGUGCGCUCAGUUCAGUGAGAUCCUGGGCAGCGUUUCCGCUCGCCUUCAGCGACAACGGCCAGAAGAGGGUGAUGUGGAGCCAAUCUCACCAAUGCAGCUGCCAAACUCCCCGAAAAAACAGCUGUCAGCCACACCUGGAUCCAGAGAACAAGACUCUCAACAAGUCACCAAACGCCACCGAAAACUCCUAAAAACCAGCGCCAUACUGCGGCCGCACACAAACACUUCAUCAUCAUCAUCAUCAUCAGCAGCAGCAGUAGCAGCGUCAUUACUAUCAGAAAAGAACACACGGCGGCUGUCAGACGUUCAGGAGGCCCGCAAACGCAUCGUACGUGAAGUCUGCGGGAAAUACCGCAGUAAUAUUUCCCGAACGAUAACGCCACAUCAUGUAUCGCGUAUAUAUGUUGAGGACAGACAUAAGCUUCUGUAUUGCGAAGUCCCGAAAGCGGGAUGCUCCAACUGGAAGCGGGUGCUGAUGGUGCUCGCUGGAGUCGCCAACUCAACGCAGGACAUCAAUCACGUCGCUGUACACUACGAUAACCAUCUGAAACGGCUGGAUAGUUUCGAUCGGCAGGGUAUAACGAAGCGUUUGGAAACGUACACUAAAGUCCUAUUCGUCCGCGAGCCUAUGGAGCGACUAGUGUCUGCGUUUCGGGAUAAAUUCGAAAGUCCUAACUCCUACUACCAUCCUGUUUUCGGAAAACCAAUCAUAUCAAAAUACAGAGUCAAUGCAUCGCAGACGGCACUGAAAACGGGAAGCGGUGUCACGUUUCGAGAGUUUAUUCACUAUCUGUUGGACGUCCAUCGGCCUGUUGGAAUGGACAUCCAUUGGGAAGCCACCAAUCAGCUUUGUAGCCCUUGUCACCUCCGCUAUGACUUCAUUGGGAAAGUGGAAACGUUGGAAGAAGACGCCAAUUUUCUUUUGCGAAAAAUCAAGGCGCCGGAGAGCUUGACGUAUCCAUCGUUUAAGGACGGGAACCCGAAAGCGGCCAGAACUUCCACGCAGAUCACGCAGCAUUAUUUCUCGCAGCUGAACGCGUCCGAGCGCCAGCGGGCGUAUGACUUCUACUAUAUGGAUUAUUUGAUGUUUAAUUACUCCAAACCCUAUAAAGACCUGUACUGAGGCCUGUGCUGGAGCCCGUGCUGAAGCAUUACAUGUGCGCUGUCUGCUAGGAUAUGACUUAUUACACUGCAAACAAAAAAAUAUGUAAAUGCUUUUCUUACGUUGAGUUUGAGUUUCGUUUCUGGUCUAAAUAUCUAAACAUUCUUACAUCAAGAAGAAUUCUCUAGACAAGCAAUACAUUCAGUCUUGAUUUAAGAAAUAAUGAGUCUAAUUGAAGAGAGUUUUUCCUGAAAUCAAGCUAAAUAAUCUGCCAAUGGGGUGAUCAAAAUAAUCUUGCUUCUCCUUUUGACAUGAAAUUAUGACAAAUGUUGUUAAAGAUUAAAUAUAUUUCAAAUAAUGCAAAUGUUUUACAUUUUGCAAAUUAAAUCAUUAUUAAAAAUCAUCUAAUUUAAAACCUAGGCUCAAUGUGGAUACGUACCCAGGUCUACAUUUCUGGGGACAAUGAAAUGCGUAACCGGAGGUGCGUCUGCUCGCAGUUUUUGUUUUUGCAAAUUCACCAGAGGCAACGCUUUUUGAUGAUCUCAAAUUUCUCUUGCGUGUCCUGUUCU